UAACAUUUAAACAAAAUGUAAUUAAAUUAAUAAAUGUAUAAUAAUUCACAUUAAUAAAAAUUUAUAAAUAAUGUAUAAUAAUUAAUCUAUUAUAAUAAUGUAUAAUAAUUAAUCUAUUAUAUAUAAUAACUAUUAACAUCAUUAAAUGAUGUAUAGUAUUGUCAGAGUUCUGUGUUAAGGACGAAGAUGACAAGAGAUAUUCAAACACAUAUAUCUUUAUUCACAAUAAACUGGGUUAAUACACAACACACUAUCAUCACUAUAAACGAGAGCUGAUAUCAGACAGAGCACGAGGAUGCAGGCAGGCACGUGAGGAUGAUCAUCACAGACACAAACAGGUGAAAGAGAAAUGUUGUCCAGAUGAACAGGGAAAACAAGGGACUGUGACAAACAUACAAACAUUACAUUCGAAAAUAAAUCUAAUGGUUUUUCAAAUAAAAUAAAAAAGAUGGAAAAAUGCAAUAAACAAAUUCUCUGGUGUCUGUUUAACGCCGUCUUUAAAUUCAUUUUGACCGUUUCCAGCACCCGUAGCAUACAUGUGCUUUAGACGCUCGACCGCAAUCUGAAUUAAAUCAUCGUAUUCACAUUCAUUAGGUUGCUUGUGGUUGGUCGUCGGCUCAAGAAUAUUUGACUAAUAUUUAUAUUGUUGGAAACGUUAUAAAGCUAUUAAGUCUUAAUAUUGACGUGGAUGUGGUAGUAAAUGGUUAACACUGUCCUUUACUUCCUGGUUACCGUCACUUGGUGACUAAAAACAAACAUGUUAGCUGUGAUGAACGCUGCUCAGGUAAGAACACGACGACGAUUGUUUGUUUGUUUGUUUGUUUGAAAACACUUUAUAUUCACACUGAACUGUCAAACAAAACAUUCAAUAUUUAAAGACGCUAUAAUAAAAUAGAAAUGUAUACAAAUUAAAGUUAUUGUACCUGAUAUAAAUAUAGAGAUUACUGCUGAUUGAUAAUGUCUAGAAGAAUAAUAUGAGAAACUGAUUUAUCAGAUGUAAAUCUAAACUAAACUUCUGAUAUGGUUUUGCAGAUAAAGAUAUGAAUUAAAGUCAACUCAUGUGCUCUUCAUCAGAUGCACAUCUCAAACAGAGGAUGGAUACAAGUCCCAGCACAGAUUAUUUAGAGAAAGAUGUGCUGCCAUUACUGACAUCUGGACUGGAGGCUCUGUUGAAGGAAGCACAGACGCAUCGCUGCACAGAGAAGAGGAUGACUGCAUUUAAUGGCUGUGACUUUUUGACUGAAUGGCUAUACAAUAAAAAUCCUCGUCGGACCGAACACAUACACCUGAAAUUUCAUGAAAUUCCCUUUGUGCAAGACUGGCUUCUUAUACAUCCUAGGAAAAGCAUCCCAGUUUUCCUGCUUCUUACAGAUGAGCAGGCUGCAUUGCUGAUACAGGCGUACUGGAGAGGCUAUAAGGUGCGUGUACGUCCAGAUGUGCAAGAGUUGAGGCAGUGGCAAAGAGAACUGCGGGAGGAGAACUCCAACAUCAACAAAACAGUUCAGGAGUUUUGGGCACGUCAGGAAAACCGAGUUUGGUCAGAGCUGGUUGAACUUGGUGAUGAUGUUGAGCAGCAUCUGGAGUCUGGUGUGUCGAUCGAGGUUGUUCCCCCCACACCACAGAGCCGAGUGUUGUAUACACCUGCUUUACAGAGCACCCUCGAGAGACAACAAGAUCUUCUCACAGCAUCACACUUCCAGCAUCACACCAGUCUGUAAAGACAUCUCUUCAUGCUCAAUUACAUAUGUUUUCUUGAAUUAAUUCAUAUUAAGACAAUGUUGUCGUCUUUUAUAUUGCACUUUUCCCAAUGCACAUUAUUUGUUUCUCUACAUUUACUGUGCACAACAUUGGACAUAAAACAACACGCUAUUAUUGCUGCAAAUGAGUAGGAUUUACUUGAAGAAAGCUCGAAACAUUUUGCACUUGGAUGCAAAACUUUAUUAGAAAUUCUCACAUAGAGUUGAUUUUGAAGAGCGAGUCAAAUGUAUUUAAAUUUCCAUUUGUAACCCAUAGAUAGCAAGCAGCCAUUCAGUCAAUGCAUCCUUGUUCAUUUUAUUUUGGUCGCACUAUUAAUAUACAGAAUAUCAGCUUAGCUUGUUGUCAUUGUGAUAAAAUAAAGAAAUUGUCGUCUUCCCUAUCCUAAACGCAUCCAACUCCACAUUUAUUUGACUUAAUUAGACCAUGUACAAAAAAGGUAUCCCUGGAUAGUUUCAGUUAAAUGUAUGGAUUAAGUCAGGGGAAAAAGUUUUUGUUACAUCAAAGUGGUUUUGCUCAGUAAAUGGGCAUUCACUGACCACUCCAUAUGUCUGUACUGUAUGGAUACUCUUGGACUUUCCCUGAGUGCCUGCAGAUGAUAUUGGUGUACUUUGAAUUAUUACACCACACCUUAAAUAACAUUAGACCUUGCAGCUGAUCAAACGACAGAUCUGUUAUUAUUUAGUAGUAUUACAUAGCACUCUAAAAUGCUAAUUCACGUCUUGCAAUAAACCUGACAACAUCAGACAUUUGGUUAUUUGCAUGAGGAUUACCUUGAAUACAGCCCAGCUUGUAAGGGUGUAGCUGACUGAAUUGGAGAAUAGUCGAAUGUCACUCGCCUGUCUUAUGAGCUGGCUAGCUCCCCGCCGUUGAGUUAGAAACUAGAAGUUGUUCACCAAAGAGUUACCCUUUAUUUCAAAUGCCUUGCUUGAGUAUGCAGUCAGAUAACGCCCUCCAAAGACAACAAACCCAGAAAUGGUUUUCAAGAUUUACUGUUGUCCAUGUAAUAAUGUAAAACUGUAAAAGUACAAAAUAAAGAAUUCUAAGUAUACACAGGGCUCAACGCAAAUCAUUUUUUAUACUGGCCCGGGUUGGUUCAGGUUUUCACUUGCCCUGCCAAAAUUUUCACUGGCCCCAAUCAAAAAAUUUAGUGUCUGACUUUUGAAUUGUUAUUUUUAAAUAUGUGACAAAUAUACAUACACAACAGACAUGUUCCAACAAAAAAAGGCUCUCAACUGACAGCAAAAUGUGCAAAAUAUUGCAUCGUUUCUUUUUUCGUGUUUUACCCAAAUAAAUGUCUGCUUCCAAGAUGUUAAAUAAUAUAUAUUGUUGAAAAUAUAUUGCAAGUGACUUUUUACUGGCCUGUACGUCUCUCAUGCUUGCCCUGGGCCAUCCUUUAUGUUGAGCCCUGAUACAGAUCAAUAUUAUGUUCACAUAAACACAACAAAGGCUCUUCACUUUCCUUAUAAUUAGCAUCAACUAUUUCAGAAAAUAGUUGCAAUACAUCUAUUGCAAUUUACAAAAAAAAAGAGAUGUAACAAUUCACAGUAAAUAGGAACUAUAAUGUAGCAAUAUUUACAUACCGAAAGUGCCUUCAAUUGAACUUAAAUCAAGGAGCAGUAGCCAUGACCGCACGCUCUUUCCUGUCGCUGCUGAAAACUAGACUCACAUUUGUGAUGUCAUCAUAUAAAGACUUAAACAAUAAAAUGCAAUACCCAAAUUUGAAGAGAAGGGGUCACUCUACUAUAACAUUUCAAUUAACAAUGCAAAAAUGUUCAUAGAGAACAGCACAGUCUAAAGUGUCAUACUGCUUUAACAUUACUUAUUACACAGCUCUCUGGAAUGCUUGAUUCUGAUUGGUCGGUUGAGACAUUUGCAGGUUCGUUCUUUUCAAAUAAUAACCGCUCCAAAGUAAUAACGCAUAGCCGGUAAUACUUGUACGAUUUAAAUCGCUCUGCGCCAAUAAAGAUCAAUAAAGAUUACUGUUUGGUGCCAUUUUGUGACAAACACUGGACAACCACAACAUUUUGACAUAAAUUUUAACAUGUACGGAAAAAACAAAACAUUUAAACAGUGGAUAGAAGAACGAACAACGACAAGACGCAGAGAGCUACUGAGACUGAACUUGACAAAAUAGAGCAUGACAGCUACGAAGCCAACACACAAAAAAAUACAGAAUGGGCAUUAAAACUUCUCAAAGACUGGCUAAAAGAGAAAAAAAUGGAGACAGACAAGUAUGAAGCAGAGGAUCUUAAUAAGGUAUUACGAUCAUUUUAUGCAUCUGUGCAAAGUUUCGCGGAAGGAUAAAAAUGUUAAUUUAAAACAAAUAU